AGUAUAUAUAUCAUCUUCAGUCUGCACUAGAACCCGGAGUUAACUACCUUACUGUAGUCCUGACACAAUGAACAGGAUUUUUUAAGAACAAGGAUGAGAGAUACACUGAUUUUCCUUUUUUAUUUUUUGGUUCAAGUCCGAAGUAAAUGCUUGGAUGAAUUCUCCGUGUCAAAUUAUUCAUCAACAACUGUAUCCUUGUCCUGGGAGUAUUCCUGCUCUGCAGACGAUAUAGAAACCUAUAAAGUAGAUUAUGUUCAUAAAAAUUACAAAUCCUGUUCCGACGGAAGAAGGGAUAAGUCCAAACCCUCCGGGUUUGGAACCGUUGAAGUUUUAGAACCUCGGGUUGUAAUACAAAACCUUCAUCCGUACUCCGAGUACAGUUUUGAAGUGAGAGUGAUAAUAAAAGGUCGGAACGGAAGACCAGAGAGUAAAACUGUUCUAGCUUCCACAGAUUACAGUAUUCCUAAAGUAAAAGCUCAGCCUAGUAGUCUAGAUUAUAGUUAUAAAAACACUGACACUAAACUGGUUUUCAAUUGGUCUCCUCCUCUUGAAUCCACUCAGUGUAAUCUCUACUACUCGGAGCUGGGAAGUUUUCUCUACCAGGUUCAGGGAACUAGUGAAUGGAACCGUAGAUACUUCAAGGAGGAUAGUCUAGAGAUAUCCGAGACCCUGGUGGAGAUAGAUGGAUUGGAACCAUACUCAGAUUAUCUUUUCCUCCUGUUUAUUAGUAACACGGAGAACGAGUAUGACGAGGACGUGUAUCUCCGACUUGAAGGGAGAACACUCUCCAGUGAACCGGAUCCUCCGGAGAGAUUAGUGGCUGAACCCUCCGAUGAAGGAACAAUAUAUUUCAGAUGGAGACCAAGGAAUCCUAAAAAAGGAGAAAUCUCCCACUACGAGGUGCGGAUAAAACUGACUGAAGGAAAAGACUGGCUGGAUUCUGUUCUUGUUGAUCCCAAUGAUUCACUCUGCAGAGAUGACGAGGUUUACGGAGAAACCGUCUGUCACACCUUAUCCGACCUGAAACCUGAGAACUACACUCUCCAAGUUCGAACCUACAAUGUCAAGGUUGAUUCUCCCUCCGCCUGGUCGCUAGCUGUACACUCACAAGCACUUGACGUAGCAGAACCACAGUUCGGUUUGUAUCAUAUUCUCAUCAUAUCCGGUCUAUCCAUCCUUGUACUCGUCAUAUCAUCCGUCCUCAUCGCUAAGUACCUGGAAACCCGGAGAAAGAAAGGGUUUGACCGGGUUCAAACUGCGGAGUACAGCAGACCGAUCAUAAAAUCCAAUUCGUAUAUAAUAAGACCGGGUUCUACUCCCGGGACGAACUCCAGGUCGGUUCAGGACCCUCUCCCUCCCAUUCCUCAACCUGAAAACAUUUACGCUGAUCUCACACCUAAACUGGAGGAGGAGGAUAACUACCUGAAACCGAACCCAGCUCGGGUGGACAGUGUUGAAAGUUUAGACGAAGGGGGAUAUCUUCGUCCUAAUUUUAACAGGUUUCAAAGAUUGGAUACAACCUGCUCCGAUCCGGAAACCUCUCCUCCUUUAAUCCCUCCAGUGAGUUACCGUUCUGGAAAUAAUUAAAGUAAAACUCAAUCCUUGAGAACAAUGCAAUCUUCCAAUCAGAUCUGAAACGUGCUUCACCUGUUUAAGGGAUGCAGCUUUUAGAUGAACACUUGCAAAUUAUAUAUUCAUUCAUUCCAGUUCAGGGAUACAUAUUCCGCAUUGAAAAAUUAGAAAAUCAGUUUUUGAGUUUCUGAAUUACACAAAAAAUAUUUUUUUGAGGGGGGGAGUUUGAUUGGUAAAAUAUACAUCCCUUUUGUUAAA